AUGAGUGCUACAAGAUUGGACCGUCUCGUAACGCUCCUUGAGACAGGCAGCACAGCCUUGAUCCGGAACACAGCAGCUGAGCAACUAGCUGAUGUCCAGAAACAACACCCCGAGGAUCUAUUCAACCUCCUCAACCGUGUUGUGCCAUUCUUGCGAUCCAAGAGUUGGGAAACACGGGUGGCUGCCGCCAAAGCAGUGGGUGGCAUUGUCGCCAACGCCGAGAAGUACGAUCCAAACGCCGAAGAGGAACCAAUCAAACCAGAGGUCAAGUCUGAAACAAACGGCCAUGCAAAAGACGAGGACGCUAGUGGCGCUGCCGUCAAGAAAGAAGAGAAUGGCGACGUCGAGAUGCCACUGGCGACGGACAAAUUCAACCUUGACACUCUCGACAUUGCGUCCAUCCUGAAAAAUGGCAACCAUCUCGUCGGUGCUGCUAGCAAGGAGCUCGAUUACAAGCUGCUGUCUAUGAGCCCUGCGGAUCGCCUUGCAUAUCAGAAGAACAUCCUCACCAAGCGGCUUGGUCUCGAAGGGCCCUUCGUUGAAUUCACUGCAGCACCGGCAGACGAGACAGUCGCGCAAACCCCUGGCCUCCGAACGCCCGCCAUCCAUCGCAUUGACACAAAUCUCGCCAGAUCAGAUACUCUGAAUUCCGCCGCUUCGCCCCCAGCGGCCACACCAACGGGCGAUCAGCCCAUUCUUAGCAAACGUCAACUGAACUCCCAAAAGCGCAAACAGAAGAACGCGCACAAGAACAACAAGGCAACAACCGUCGACUUUAAUGAGCCCGGCUCGAAAAAGCCCUCACAUCCAGAUGCUGUUCAGACGCCUGUGCGCUUGACUCCACAUCCUACGUCGCUCAAACAGGACAAGUCCGAGAACGAUGACGGAGGUGAUGGCCUUGAUGAUUACUUCUCCCUCGAACGCAAGGGCGGAGACGACGACGCAAAGUUUGUCAAAGAGUUCAAGGGUGAUGUGUUACCUGAGAAGUCCUCUUUUGAAGGCGAGUCCGACGAGUCUGGCUUGGAGUGGCCUUUUGAGCGCGUUUGCGAGUAUCUCGCUCUCGAAAUGUUCGACCACACCUGGGAGGUUCGUCAUGGCGCUUCUAUGGGCAUUCGGGAGGUCUUGCGCGUGCACGGCGGCGGAGCUGGGAGAAUCAAGGGAAGGUCGCGAGCGGAGAAUGACAAGCUGAACCAGCAAUGGCUGAACGAUCUUGCAUGUCGCAUCUGCUGUAUCUUCAUGCUUGAUCGAUUCGCCGACUACACCUCCGACACUGCCGUCGCGCCCAUCAGAGAAACCGCGGGACAAGCACUCGGGUCUGUCCUGCAGCACCUUUCUCGCGAGAACGUUUUGGCUACGUUCAAUGUACUUCACAGUCUCAUCAAGAAGCGGCUUGAAGUAGAUAGCGGAUGGCAUUCCUGCCAGGGUGGCAUGAUCGGCUUGCGGUACCUCGUAGCUGUACGGAACGAUCUCCUCCGUGAAGACGGGUCUCUUAUGGAUGGCGUCCUCACUGCUGUCAUUCAGGGCCUGGGCGAUUUUGACGAUGACAUUCGGGCUCUGAGCGCAGCAACGCUCAUUCCCGUUGCCAAGGAUUUUGUCGAGAUGCGACCAAAGGCAACGGAAGGCCUCAUGAACCAGGUCUGGUCCUGCUUUGAUGGUCUUCAAGACGACCUUACCGCUAGUACCGGCUCGAUUAUGGAUCUUCUCGCCAAGCUGUGCAGCUUUCCUCAAGUCCUUGCAGCCAUGCAGGCAAAUGCGGAGAAGGACCCGACGCAGUCCUUCCACGAACUUGUGCCUCGUCUCUUCCCAUUCUUACGACACACCAUCACCAGCGUGCGUGCUGCUGUGCUACGUGCAUUGAGUACCUUUCUCGACAUCCAAAGCGCAGGAUCGGGUGGGUGGAUCGACAGUAAAGCACUCCAACUGAUCUUCCAGAACAUCCUGCUCGAACGCAACGAGGGCGUUCUCAAACUUUCACUGAAGUUGUGGAACACCAUGGUCGACAACCUUGGUGCUCAAAUUGCGACACACUUAGAACCGAUCCUGAAUGCUAUUAUCCCACUGACUCUUACUCCUAUUGGGGUGUCUCGCCAUCCGAUUCCCAUGGACAUGUCACUCUUGAUGAAACCUUCCGGACAGGUCAUGGGCCCGGCACCAAGCUUAGCACCUAGUCGGCGAUCAACACCACCGGCCGGAAGCGAGCCAGCCGUGAAGAAGAGGAAGAAGUCACGGCACGGGAAAGAGGAGAACACGUUACCGAUACCAUCAUCCACGUCACACAACGUUGACGGACACAUGAUCAGUGGCGAUCUUGAGCUCAUUGGAGCUGAUGUGAUGAUCCGUUCCAGGGCAUCUGCAGCACAAGCUCUUGGCAAAGCUAUUGCGAACUGGCCGGAAGAGACCAGACUAUCGAUCUUCGGUCACAAGCUCUUGCCGCCACUGUCUUCGACUAGCUCCACCGCACAACUGACGGCUGCUAUGAUCAUCGAAGAGUUUGGCAAGAAUCUGUCGGCCAAGGACGCCUUGGCAGAUCUGUUUGCUGAGGCUCUACUCCCCAUCGUCGAGGGUGAGCGACCGAUGGCUUACGAAGACCUCGUCCCCAAGCUGCAAAUUGUACGAACUCAGUGCACUGCUUUGAUCAACAUCUUCCGAGAAGGCCAUGUCCAGAAUCUACCAGCUCUGGCUAUCGUCGUCCAGGGUGAUCCUUCUGCCAGUCAGUACGCUUUUGGCGUCGCCGACGCAGAGAAGCUUGUAACUACUCAGUACGAGAAGCUCAAGAAGGCAAUGACCCCAUCUGCACGAAUGGUCGCUGCAGCCAACCUGGAAGUCUCGAGGAAGGAAGUCGAGGCCAGUCUCCAGGAGGCAAAGGACAUCAAGGAAGAACGCGAUAUCCGCAUCAAAGCUGCCGCCGCGGGCGCACUCAUCUGGCUGAACUCACCACCCAAGAAACCAUCGGCACCGAUCAAGGCCAUGAUGGACAGCGUCAAGAAAGAGGAGAACGUACAGUUGCAAAAGCGAUCUGCCGCCGCUGUUGCGCGCUACAUUGUGCACCUUGUCGAGGGGAAUAAGAACAACGUUGUCAAGAAAGUGGUUGGCAACCUCGUUAAGUUCUACUGCAUGGAGACAGCAGAAACACCCGAAUUCCAGGGUCAAGGUCACAUUGAAACCGGCAUUCUCACUUUGAAAAAGGAUGAAGACGUUCGCGACCAUCCAGAUGCUGUCAAAUUUGCGGAGGAGUCGAGAGCGGCCAGGAUCACCAAACGUGGAGCACGUGAGGCUCUUGAGCAAGUUGUCGAGCAGUUCGGUGCGGAGGUCUUCCACAAGGUUCCCACGCUCGAAGAUCUGAUCCAGCGGCCUAUUAAGCACGCGUUCGCCGAUGCGACACUUCCUGUAGAGAUCGCCGACGAGGACGGCAUCUUUGGACAGGAGGUUGUUGACGCGUUAUCAACUUUGCGCGCCCUGGUGGGCAGCUUUCAUCCGGACGUACGCGGCUUCAUCAAAGACCUGCUUCCCUUCAUUGCACGGGCCUUGCAGAGCAAGCUAUACGUACUCCGAUACGCUGCCGCGAAGUGCUUCGCAACUAUUUGCAGCGUUAUGUCUGUCGAGGCCUUCACACUGCUCGUCGAAGUCGUUCUGCCUACCAUCAGCGAUGGUGCUAACGUUCAUGGCCGCCAAGGUGCUAUCGAAUGUAUCUACCAUCUCAUUCACGUUAUGGAGGACGGCAUUCUACCGUAUGUCAUCUUCUUGAUCACUCCGGUUCUGGGGCGCAUGAGCGAUUCAGACAACGACGUUCGUCUACUAGCAACAACAAGCUUCGCUACACUUGUCAAGCUUGUUCCGCUUGAGUCCGGUAUCCCAGACCCGCCAGGUCUGCCCGACUCUCUCCUCAAAGGUCGUGACCGUGAGCGCAAGUUCGUCGCUCAGAUGCUUGACGCCAAGAAAGUUGAGCCUUUCGAGAUCCCUGUCGGCAUCAAGGCUACAUUGCGAUCUUACCAACAAGACGGCGUCAAUUGGCUUGCCUUCCUAAACCGAUACAACUUGCACGGCAUUUUGUGUGAUGACAUGGGUCUCGGAAAGACGCUGCAGACCUUGUGCAUGGUGGCCAGUGAUCACCACCUACGCGCUGACGAGUUUGCGAGGUCUGAGGAUCCAAACUUCCGCAGAUUGCCGUCGCUCAUCGUAUGUCCUCCUACUCUGUCUGGUCAUUGGCAGCAGGAGAUUCGACAGUAUGCGCCCUUCCUUUCUUGUGUGGCCUACGUCGGUGCGCCACCCAUUCGCGGUCAACACAGGUCUCAGCUCCAGGAUGUCGACAUUGUCAUAACCAGUUACGACAUCUGCAGAAACGACCUCGAAGUUCUCAAGCCUGUCAACUGGAACUACUGCGUUCUCGAUGAAGGUCAUCUUAUUAAAAAUUCGAAGUCAAAGACCAGCCAGGCUGUCAAGCAGUUCCAGUCGAAUCACCGCCUGAUUCUUUCGGGUACACCCAUCCAGAACAACGUACUUGAGUUGUGGUCUCUGUUCGACUUCCUCAUGCCUGGCUUCCUCGGAUCCGAGAAAGUGUUCCAAGAGCGCUUUGCAAAGCCUAUUGCAGCUUCUCGAUUUGCCAAGUCCUCAUCUAAGGAACAGGAGAAGGGUGCGCUAGCCAUUGAGGCGCUCCACAAACAGGUCCUCCCUUUCCUUCUUAGACGUCUCAAGGAGGAAGUGCUCGACGACUUGCCCCCCAAGAUCCUGCAGAACUACUACUGUGACCUGUCUGAGCUGCAGCGCAACCUGUUUGAUGACUUCAACAAGCGACAAGGCAAAGAGAUCCAGUCAAAGGCUGGUAAUGCUGACCGUGAGAGCAAGCAACACAUCUUCCAAGCACUGCAGUACAUGAAAAAGCUCUGCAACUCGCCCGCCCUUGUAGUGAAGGGCCCAACGAACAAAGCCUACGAGCCAACGCAGCAGUACCUGAAGAAGCACAACACCACCAUUGACGAUAUCUCCCAUGCGCCCAAGCUGAGUGCGCUCAAGGACCUGUUGGUGGACUGUGGCAUUGGUGCAGCAGAUGUUGCAGGCGACAAGUCAGGCGCUGUCAACGGUGAUUUGCCUGAGGCAGUCUCUCAGCAUCGUGCUCUGAUCUUUUGUCAAAUGAAGGAGAUGCUUGACAUGGUCGAGUCUACUGUGUUCAAGAAGUUGCUUCCGAGCGUUCAAUUCAUGAGGCUUGACGGAACGGUACCGGCUGAGAAGCGUCAAGACAUUGUCAACAAGUUCAAUUCGGAUCCAUCUUACGAUGCCCUGCUCUUAACCACUAGCGUCGGUGGUCUCGGUCUUAACUUAACCGGUGCCGACACCGUCAUCUUCGUCGAGCACGACUGGAAUCCUCAGAAGGAUAUUCAAGCAAUGGACCGCGCUCAUCGUAUCGGGCAAAAGAAGGUUGUGAAUGUGUACCGCAUUGUUACCCGCGGGACACUCGAGGAAAAGAUCCUCAAUCUUCAGCGUUUCAAGAUCGACGUCGCGAGCACGGUCGUUAACCAGCAGAAUGCUGGUCUGGGCUCCAUGCAAACGGAUCAGAUUCUCGAUUUGUUCAACGUCUCCGCAGACAGUGCAGACCCAGCUGCGCUACCACCUCCUCCAUCCAACUCCAAGGACGACAAUGCCAUCGACGAGAACGAUGCUGUCGAUGCCACGGGUGAAUUGCGAGAGAAGGGCAAGAAAGGCUUUCUUGACGACCUUGGCGAACUGUGGGAUGAGAGGCAAUACGAAGAUGAAUUUGACCUCGACGGUUUCUUGGGCAAGAUGCAGGGGCCCGCGGCAUAG